CUUUGACAAGAAUGUUCCAUUUUAAGGUGAAACGGAUGUCACUUGGUCUUCCGUGUGAUAAUAAUUUAUGCUGCUACUGGAUGACACACUGCAAAGGGGAGGUCCAAAGUUUCAGUGUACAAAUAAAGAUGCUGAAUACUCGAGAAGCUAUUCGUGGGAAUAAACAGCAGAAUGAAACUGCAAAAUUGAUGUCUGAGCUGCUGGCCUCCUACUGGAUGUAGUAGAGGAAUGGCUUGAACAAGACGCCACUCCCGGUCAACAGCUAAGUCAAGUCGUGUGCCGUCUCACUGCACGCGGAGUGCCUUUUCAGAUUAUCCCCAGGAAAGUAGAGUUCUGUGCUUGAGGUUUUUUCUGAAGACAAACAAGUUCUGUCCAGGACGCCAACCAGCAGAGAGCGAUGCAUAUCCCAAACAACCCAGCAACAAGCCUUUUGCUCCUUUUUCCAGGUAUGAACGAAAUGGCAUUGCCAAUCUUCCUUGCUGCUUUUUCUUUCCUGCCGUGUCUCCUUUAUCCGUACACGCGAAAGUUGGACAUGACGCAUCUUUGCAAAACUUAAGAGCGAGCUCGUCUGUGCAAAAAUUUUUAGUAAUAAUGUAGUAGUAAUAGUACCCUUAAACAAAAAACUGAAUGGCAACAGAGGAGCCAAUAACACCAUGACACCACCACACCGAAGGCCACUCGUUUCAGCGUGCCCAUCGACAACAUUUGCGCGUCGUCGCCAUCGCGUCGCGGCCUCUCCAAGUCUGCUGCUGGGUCGUCGUUGCCUUGCAGUUUCGUUCCGGGCCAAUCGCCUUCACCUUCUCCAGAUAUAAAAGGCUCCACUGCUCCAGAUGCUAGUGCGACUGCCCAAGCUUGCUUGCUUGCUUCUCCCGGCCGAUUUCGCUGGCAAUGCCCAUUUCUUGCUUGAUUUUGAGAGCUGUAGAGCCUUUACUUGUAGCCGGAGCCCGGAGAUGAUCUUCUCCACUUUAGUUCUACUGUUCUGCUUCACCUGGUCCAUUCGUCUCAAGACAGCCGCCGCCGCCGGCCAUGGAUCAGCAAGAACAGACCAGAACUACGGCACCCUGGAUCAGGUGAAGGAGAAGCUCCAACAGGUCGGGCUCGAGUCAUCUAACCUUAUAAUCGGGGUGGAUUUCACCAAGAGCAACGAAUGGACAGGGAAGCAUUGUUUCGACGGGAGAAGCCUGCAUCACCUCGGCGACGCUCCGAACCCUUACGAGCAGGCGAUCGGCAUCAUCGGGAGAACGCUGUCAGCGUACGACGAAGACAACAGGAUCCCAUGCUUCGGCUUCGGGGACACAACGACGCACGACCGGAACGUCUUCAACUUCUACAGAGAUGGCCGGGCGUGCAACGGCGUUUCAGAAGCACUGCAGCGAUACAGAGAGAUCGCCCCUCACGUUCGGCUCUCUGGGCCGACAUCUCUAGCUCCUAUCAUAGAAACGGCAACGAGAAUUGUUGAAGCUUCUAGGCACCAGUACCACAUCCUACUGAUCAUAGCUGAUGGCCAGGUUCCGACACGUGCUGGUGCUCAUUCAGCAAGCUACCCGACUGAGGCAAGAUCCAUGAACUACCUUGAAGAAAGGACUCUUCAGGCUCUCAUACGUGCUAGUAAUUUCCCUCUGUCUAUUGUCCUCGUCGGAGUUGGUGAUGUGCCAUGGGAUGAUCGCAUCCACUGCCACGAUAUGACGAUAACCGGCGUUUGUUCGAUAAUUUCCAGUUUGUGGAUUUCACCUAGAUAAUGUCAAAGGAAACGUCGCAAGCCGAGGAGGAGGAUCAGUUCGCGCUGGAAGCUCUGAGGAAGAUACCAGCCCAGUACAGCACGAUAAUCGACAAGUGGAUCCGUGAGCAGGCCGCAAGCGCGCCUCCGGGGACUCCUCUUCCCCCACCUUGCUGAGACGGUUCUUGUGUGUGGCGGUAGCCGGGUGAAGCGUCGUAAACGAAUGGGGGACGGCAGAUGAUGUACAGUCUGAACUCUGGAGCUUGCUACCACUUGGACUUCAGUCAGUUGACACUUGACAGUCGGCAUUAGCUUAACCGUAGAUUUCACAUCAGAAUUAUCUUGGACCGACGGUUUCAUAAGUCGUACUACUGGGAUCUGUAAACAUUUUUCUAUUCCUGUAUAUUUUUUUUCUUGAUGUGAUGACGUGAUACGUAUAGAAAUUUAGCAGAUACUAACAAACUAUUUGGGAACUUUUCGUUGUUGAUUGCCGAUUAAAA